UCGGCUCAGAGCGGAGAGGAGCCGCGCGGAGCAGGACGCCGAGCCGCGGGCUUUUAUUCUGAAAAACGCGCCCCAGCUAAGGAAAACAUGCUGCUGCUGGUGCUGGGCGUCGCCAUGGCAACGGCAGGGUCAGGGGUCAGCGCGGCGCGAGUGGUGAGCGGUCAGACGGUGUGUGUGGGAGGAGCCGAGCGUCCCUGCUACAAGAUGGCGUAUUUCCACGACGUGUCGAGCCGCGUGGCGUUCGGCGAGGCGAAGCAGGCCUGCCUCAUGGACGGGGGGGCGCUCCUGAGCGUGGAGAGCCAAUCAGAGCAGAGCGACGUGGAGCACCUGCUGCAGGCGCUGCGUUCAGGAGCAGUGGGCGGAGCCAAAGGUGGAGGCGGGAUUUCUGACGGGGAUUUCUGGAUCGGCCUGACUCGGGGGGGCGGAGCCAACCACACCUCGACCCCGUGCCCUGACCUGUACCAGUGGACCGAUGGCAGCGUGGCCACCUUCAGGAACUGGUACCUGGACGAGCCGUCGUGCGGCGGCGAGGCCUGCGUCGUCAUGUACCACCAGCCCAGCGCGCCCCCUGGGCUGGGCGGGGCUUAUCUCCACCAAUGGAAUGACGACCGCUGCAACAUGAAGCACAACUUCAUCUGCAAGUAUCAGCCAGCUGUGACUGCAGGCGGAGGCGUGGUGACCCAGGCGGACGGUGGUGGCAGCUUCCCCCCUCAGGUGGCUGUGGCAGGAUCUUCAGGAAUGCUGCUGCUGUACGUGGUGAUUCCCACCAUCCCACUGCUGCUGCUCAUCCUGGUGGCUUCAGGGACCUGCUGCUUCCAGACGCUCAGCAGGAGUCGUCCUCGGACCAAGACCCCCGCCGACCAAUCAAAUCUCUGGAUCGCCACGACGCCCCAACCCAACGGCAUGGAAGUGUGACAUCACUGUGAUGUCAGCAGUAGAUCAGUGAUGUCAGAGACUUUUAGUUUGUUACUUUGGUUGAAACAGUUUCCUGUUUGGCUCCUCCCUCCUCCUGUGACUCCGCCCCCUCAGCCUGAGUUAAAGGGGGCGAAGUCAGUGAUGUCACAGUGAGUGGGUGGAGCUUGUCUGUUGUAACUUGUUCUGUUGUGAGAAUCUCUGGCGCCUCCUGCUGGAUAGAAGAGGAGACGAAGUACGGAGCAAGCAGAGGGACAAACUCUCAUGAUGCUGAUGCUGCGUUCGAGGGGAGUCCGACGUUUGGACGGCAGGGAGCUGCUGCUGCGUUUCUGUGGUUCUGAUGCAUGAAGCUUUGAUGUUUAAUAAAAAAUGUUCCAUCA